AUGGCUGCUUCAUCCUUAUCCAAUCGCUCCUGUUUCUCCGGGAUUUCCUCCUCCUCCAUGAUUGUCCCAUCUCCUCUCCCUCGUGCCACGUCACCACUGAGCAGCACGAGGUGCACUGAUCAGCUUCCCGGUUUUCCGGAAGCGACCGCCGACUGUCGCAUUAGCAAAGGCUCUCUUAUAGGCACCCAAUUUGGACAACGUCCCUCCCUGUCUUUCAUUCUUCCGGUCCGCUCGUUACAGUCACGUUACGAACACUCACAGGCUCGGCGUCUCCCACCUGCGGGUGCUUACAGCGAUGGCAACCAACCAGGGUACCCCUAUUCCUUCACUCGCGUUCCUAACGAAGCGUCCUUUAGCGCGGACGGCUCGUGGCCGGAUAAUUUCAGAGUUUGGGAGAACGGCGGCGGAUUGGUCCACGUGGAGGCGGUGGUUGACAGCUCAGCAGUGAUCGAACCGUCCGCUGUGGUCCAUGCGGAGGCUCGGAUUGACGCGAAAACAAGGAUCGGAUCAGGGUCGGUGGUGGGGCCGUACGUGAAAAUAGGCGCGGAGACUACCGUGUGGUACAACGUGUCGCUCACGAAUUGCACGAUUGGGGAUCGCUGCGUCUUCCACAAUGGCGUGCAGAUUGGCCAGGAUGGGUUUGGUUUCUUCGUGGACGAAUCUGGCAGCAUGGUCAAGAAGCCACAAGUGAGCCUCACUGCACUCCUCUCCCAGACUUCUCUCACUGCACUCCUCUCCCAGACUUCUCUCACUGCACUCCUCUCCCAGACUUCUCCUCCUUGUCCUCCUGUCUUCGUCCCAACUUUCUCUCCUCUGGGCGACUAUGUGGUGCUGGCAGGGCAAGUGGGCGUGGCCGAUCAUGUCACCAUAGCAGAUAAGUCACCCAUUUCUGUCUCCCUUCAUGUCUCCCUGCAUGUCUCCCUGCAUGUCUCCCUGCAUGUCUCCCUGCAUGUCUCCCUGCAUGUCUACCUGCAUGUCUCCCUGCAUGUCUCCCUGCAUGUCUCCCUGCAUGUCUCCCUGCAUGUCUACCUGCAUGUCUCCCUGCAUGUCUCCCUGCAUGUCUCCCUGCAUGUCUCCCUGCAUGUCUCCCUGCAUGCCUCCCUGCAUGUCUCCCUGCAUGUCACCCUGCAUGUCUCCCUGCAUGUCUCCCUGCAUGUCUCCCUGCAUGUCUCCCUGCAUGUCUCCCUGCAUGUCUCCCUGCAUGUCUCCCUGCAUGUCUCCCUGCAUGUCUCCCUGCAUGUCUCCCUGCAUGUCUCCCUGCAUGCCUCCCUGCGUGUCUCCCUGCAUGUCUCCCUGCAUGUCUCCCUGCAUGUCUCCCUGCGUGUCUCCCUGCGUGUCUCCCUGCAUGUCUCCCUGCAUGCCUCCCUGCAUGUCUCCCUGCAUGUCUCCCUGCAUGUCUCCCUGCAUGUCUCCCUGCAUGUCUCCCUGCAUGUCUCCCUGCAUGCCUCCCUGCAUGCCUCCCUGCAUGUCUCCCUGCAUGUCUCCCUGCAUGUCUCCCUGCAUGUCUCCCUGCAUGUCUCCCUGCAUGUCUCCCUGCAUGUCUCCCUGCAUGUGCGCGUGGCAGCCAAGGCCGGAGUGGCAUCGGAUAUCAAGGAGCCAGGGGAGUAUGCUGGCUUCCCCAUGGUGCGCGUGGCAGCCAAGUCAGGAGUGGCAUCGGAUAUCAAGGAGCCAGGGGACUAUGCCGGCUUCCCAACGGGACUCCGCGCGGUCGACGCGCGGGGGGCAGCUGUCCGCGGGCGACCUGCUGGGCGGAGAGGAGCGCGUGGGCGCGCGGGAGCAGCGCGACGCUGCGUGGAGUGCGUGCGCGCUGACCGGGGAGGCGCUGAGAGAGCCAAUCGUGGUGUGCCAGCUCGGACGACUGUGAGGAGGGGGAGGUGGGGGGAGAGGGGAAGAGGGGGAGGAAAGGGGGGAAGAGCGGGAGGGAAGGGGGAGGGGCGGGAAGGGGGAAAAGGGGGAACAAAGGGCAGUGGCGGGGAAGGGAAGGGGGAACGAGAGGGAGAGGGAGGGACGAUGGGAGAGGAGAAUAAGAUUGGAAAAGAGAGUGUGGAACAGUGGCUACAACCGGGAGAGCGUGCUACAGCUGCUGCUGUGGCGAGCGGGGGUUGUUGCAGAGGAGAGCCACAAGCUUUGCUGUCCGUCCCUUCUCUCACUGAGCCCAACCAUUCCGGUCCCUCUAUACAUAUCCCCUCUCCACCCUCUCUCUCCCAUGCCGCUGCUUGA